UACAAUGCAAACCCUCCUCCGGGCCCCGCCCAGUGCUGUUGGCACCUAUCCCAAGCACUCCGCCCGCAUAUUCCCCACACCGGCGCGCAUAGCAUUGCGAAAACCUCCUCCGAAGUUCAUACAAACGCUAUCUGGCCAAUCAGCGAACUUGACGAAGAUGCUGAGAACAUUGACAAAAACCUCCUCCGAAGGUGCACGAGAAUUAGUGAUCUGCCCACAGCCAGUAUAUAAUGUCUUCCUCAAUGCGCUUCGAUUGCCCAUUCUUCAUUCAACUUUCUCCUUCUCUACCAUCUCAAAAGCCAGCAUUUUCACUCCUCCCCAAAGCGCUUCAAGAUGGCUCCUCACAGACUCCAAGUUGCCGUUGCGGGUCUCGGCCGCAUGGGCGCUCGACACGCCCUCAACAUCUUGAACAAGACUCCUCGUGCUGAGCUUGUCGCUGCUUUCUCCCCCGACCAAAAUGAGCUCAAAUGGGGCAAGGAGCACCUCGAGCCAUAUGGAGUCACUCUCUACGACGACUACAAGAAGAUGCUUGAGCACAAGGGCCUAGAGGCUGUAGUGAUCGGCACAGCGACCUCGGUACAUGCCGAGGAGACUCUCCAAGCUAUCGAGAAGGACCUGCACGUCCUUUGCGAGAAGCCUCUCUCCACCAGCGUCCAGAUCUGCCAGGAUGUCGUUGAUGCAGCUGCGAAGAAGCCACACCUCAAGGUCAUGUGCGGUUUCUCAAGGCGCUUCGACGACAGCUACCAAGAUGUUGCACGCAAGAUUGAGGAAGGUGCCAUUGGCCGACCCACAGUUGUUCGAUCACAAACUUGCGACAGGCAACAUCCCGACCCAGACUUCUUCGUCCAAUAUGCUGCAUGGUCUGGCGGUGUUUUCGUCGACAUGUCCGUGCACGACAUCGACCUAACACUCUGGUACUUCGGCUCUAACGUAGUACCUAAGUCCAUCUCCGCAAACGGUGUUGUUGCCAUUCUACCAGGCCUAAAGCAACACAAGGACUAUGAUAACGCUGUCGGUAUUGUCGAGUUCUGGGACGGCAGGAUCGCCCACUACUACGCUUCCCGCAUGAUGACCCACGGACAAGAAGAUGUAACCGAGAUCAUCGGUACUGAGGGCAAGCUCACCGUCAACCUCAACCCUCAGAAGAACCUCGUCAACUACUACUCCAAGGCUGGCAUUACCCGGGAAGUACCCGCCGAUUACUGGGGUCGUUUCGAGCCUGGUUUCGUCAAGGAGGCCAACGAGUUCACAGCCGCGUGCUUGAACAACACACCGGUUCCUCUGGAGUUCCAGAACGCUGUCAAGGCUGUGCAGAUCGGCGCCUGGUUGCAAGAAGCGCUCGUCAGCGGAAAGCAGAUUCGAUUCGACGAGAGCGGCAAGCGUCUCGACCGUGCGAACUUGUAGAUGUCGAUUGAAAGUUUCGUGGAAUCUAAUUUGAGUCGGAUUGCGACAGGUUUUCCUCUUUUUCUCAUGAAAGCAUACUAGCUAUCCGUUACGACAUCCGAAU